AUGGGCGUCCCCACUCAUAUUUACGUUGUAUUUGCAGACAAUGACGACGAGUCUAUCGUGAGCUGGCAGUCUCGGUCGAGCAACCAUCGGCGUUUUCAGGUCUCUGUUGAGCUCUCCUCUCCUCGCCCCCGGAGAGGUAGGAGAGCAAGCAAGAAAUCUUGCGAUGUUGCCAUGACGAUACCUCAUCGCCGUGCCAGUCAAAAGUAUCUGUUUUCGAAGACACCGCAAAAAGAGGAAGGAAUGAUUGCCCCGAGAAGAGUACACACUGCUACCAGUGCCGAUGCAAAGAACAGUGCGACUUCUUGCGAAGAAAGAAGGAAGAAGCGUAGGUCAAUCGAUGCAGAACUUCUUGCCUUUUGCACCAGUCAAAUGGAUGAAGUCUCCUUCCAUGGCAGUGAUUGCGCCAGGGUUUACCCUAGGCGAUCUCCUCAUCCUGGUGAAGACUCUUGUCACGACAAUGAUCGACCGCCUAGGAUGCCACGUCGAAACAGCAACUGA